GGAGGGGGCUGGGGAGGCGCUGGAGCUCAGAGAGGAGCCGGCGUUGGAGGCGGCCACCACUACAAAGCUCCGCACGUCCACAGCGGAAGUUCGUCAUCUGGAUCGAACACUGGGAAGAUCGCAGGAGCAGCGGCAGCCGGCGCUCUCGGAGGCAUGGUGAUCGGCCACGGGCUCGGCUCGAUGUCUCGACCUGGAUAUGGUUACGGUCACGCGUGGCACAGGGGGUAUGACAGCUACGGGCACGGGUACGGCCACCCGAGGUACAGCGAGGUACGCCAUCAUGAAGACGGGUCCAGGAACGAGACGGAUAUGGAGUACUACGCCGGGUCUGCCAGCAGGGGGCACGCUUACAGCUACGUGCUGCUCUUCACCACCACCGUAUCAUUCUUAAUCGGGUACUGGAUCUCAUAGACUCUCUUCCUCUUUCGCUCGAUAGCCCAAUAGCUACCAGUUUAGCACUGAGACUUGAUUAGCCGGAUAAUGAUUCAAACAAUAUAGGUCAAUUUGUGUCUUUUCUCAUUACAAACCUAUUCUGUAUUCUAUGCUAUUUUACGAUACUUUAUAUUAUAUCGGACGGCGUACAAAUGUAUUUUGAUUGCGAGUGUGCACUAUCAGAAUUGUUUUGUUUUUUCUAGCAACCUGUACCUUACCUUGUUGCUGGGUUUGUACUGUUAAUAUACAGUAUAUCUUUUACCUAGAAAAGGGCACGAAGAGUAUCUUUUAUCCUAAAAGGUAAUUAUGGUCCACGAUGGCCACAUUUCCAGGUGGAUGAUAUUAAAAGUAAACCCCAACAACAAGGAAAGGUUCCAAUUAGUACUAUUUAUGAUGAUUUAGACAUGCUAAAGUGGAGACUAUACGCUUUCCUGACUUGUAAAUAAAUCACCUUUAGAGACAGUAUUUGUCUAUUUCUAUUUCGUCUUUUAUUUUUGAAUAUAAAAUGAUUCUAUACUACAUUUUGUACUAUACAAUUGCAUUCCUGAACCUUUCAUCGUAGCUGUGCGCACACUGUCUUUGAUUUUUACUCUUUUUGAGGUUUUCGACGCGCGCGCUAACAAGCUACGACACGUCUCGGUGUCCCCUGGGUCCUAAAGCGCCUCCGGGGAUAUAGAAAGCAGGCUCUGUAAAUCACAUUAGUG